AUGGAAGGAGAGACUCAAGUCAGUUCAGAAGUUCCAGUUGCGAAGGUUGACACUGAUGUUGCCGGUCCUAUUAAGGUAAGAAAUGGAGACUUGCCGCAAGUUGCAAAGGAAGGAAAGAAAGAAGAGGAUGAAACAGAUGGAGAAUUCAUCAAAGUCGAGAAGGAAUCACUUGAUGUGAAGGAUGGCUCUCAUACAGCUGAGGCACAGUCUGCUGAGGAGGCUGACAAACCAUCUGUUGUGGAAAGCAGUUUAAGCGGUUCGACCAGAGAAUUGCUUGAGGCCCAAGAGAAGUUGAAGGAACUUGAGCUCGAAUUGGAAAGAGUGGCCGCAGCGUUAAAGCAUUCCGAAUCCAAGAAUGCACGUAUGAAGGAUGAUGUCUUGCUGGCCUAUGAGAUGUUGGAUGAAAGUGGAAAGAAGUACGAGAAACUUGAAAUCAGUAACAAGAAAUUGCAAGAGCAGAUAAUUGAAGCAGAGGAGAAAUAUACUGCACAGCUCAACACUUCGCAAGAAGCUUUACGAGCACAAGAAACCAAGCAUAAGGAAUUGGUUGAGGUGAAGGAAUCAUUUGAUGGCAUCAGCCUUGAGCUCGAGAAUUCAAGAAAGAAGAUGCAAGAGUUGGAACAUGAGCUGGCAGUAUCUGCUGGUGAGAAAAAAAGUUUGAGGAGCUGCACAAAGAAAGUGGUUCACAUGCUGAUUCUGAGACGCAGAGGGCCUUGGAGUUCGAAAGGUUGCUUGAGGCAGCGAAACUGA